AUGGCUGCCGUUGUCCCUGCCCACAUUCUGCAGCGAGACUUGUACCGCGACCUCGACGUUGCCCCCGUCGCCUCCUCCAAGGAGAUCAAGCAAGCCUAUAAGAUAGCUGCUCUCAAGUACCACCCCGACAAGCGUGGCAACGACGCCGAAGCUCACGGGAAGUUCCUCGCGGCCCGCCAGUACUACGACGCGAACUACGUCAACGCCGAGCAAUCCGCGUACGAGGCCGAUAUCGAAGAUGCCGGCACGACUAACUCCGAGGCUAAGAGCGACUUUGGUCACGCCGACAGCGAGGACGCGGCGGACAUGAUCUGCCCCUUGUGGAUCUCGCACAUCCGCGCCGAGAUUGCUGAAGAGCACGAGCAGAUGACCGCCGCCUUGCUCCGCACCCGCAACAACCUGCAGUUUUUCAAGUUCAUCAUGGGGAAGGUCGGAGACCAAGCAAGCUACGACUGGUCCUGGUUCCCAGCGGCGGCUGCGGAGAGCAUCCAAGCUGCCACGGACCUCAGCGCCUCUGUCACAGUGCGCGCGGACUUGUUCACCAGCCGUUUGGACCUCUACUUGGACGAGCUCAUCGGGCUCCCGGAGGUGGCAUGCAAUGUCCAUGCCCAAAUUCGACGUAUGCAGCAUGCCUCGGAUUGCAUGCAAGCCAUGCUCAUGGACGUUAUGAACCCACGAGGCGAAUCGCUCGAUGACCACACCGACGGCAUGCGAGUCCAGGCUCGCAUUUGGUUGAAGCCUAUCCAGGAGUAA